AUGAGCAGUAUUAAACGCACUGUCCUAUUUGCCCAUCUACAUGACAUCACCGCUCCUCAUCAUCUGGGCUCAGCAAUCGCCUCUGUCACCGCGGCUACCACAGAGGCCUUGGUCAUCGUCUUGGUUUCUCAGCUAUUCCGUACAGCAGAAUCGCCAUCCAACCGUGUAAAACAGUGGGAUAAUGUCCAAAGGCUUUUGACAUACGUCUAUGUCAAAGCAACCAAGGCAGCCCAAGACUUGGGAAAGGUUUUACUAGACAUUAGCAUCAUGCUUAAGGACCCUUCAGAAAGUUUCCCAAGUAACUUGGGGAAUAGUAUGGAUAUGUGCUUUCGAAUCCAGGGCGACCCCCCUAUACUCCAUCUCCCUGACUCUAUUGAGACCCUUCCCCAAGUGUCUGUCGUUCCAGAUAAAGUCAUUGAAGCUCACCGGCAGCAUUCCGUACGUGUCACUCCUAGCUGUGAUACCUCCCCGUCAUCAUACCCCGUCGUCGCGCUUGGUGGCACUUUCGAUCACUUGCAUGCAGGACACAAAAUCCUGCUCAGCAUGGGAGCCUGGAUAGCCAGUAGUAAGGUCAUUGUCGGAAUCACAGACGAUGAGCUGUUGAAGAAUAAAUCGAAUAAGCAUGUCUUGGAGUCAAUGGCCGUACGCAUUGAAAAAACACGCUCUUUCCUGCAACUUUUCCGUCCUGACCUUGAGUAUGAACUUGUUGCCAUACGGGAUGUGUAUGGACCUACCGGUUGGGAUCCUAAUAUCCAGGCGCUGGUGGUCAGCGUGGAGACUCUACAGGGCGCGGAGUCAAUCGACAAAAAACGUUCCGCCGAAUCAUUGCCUCCCCUUCGUACAUUCGUCAUCGAUGUUAUUUCUUCAGAAAGCGAAAAGCUGGACCAUGAGGACAUGGAGAUGUUGAAGCAGACAAAGUUGAGCAGUACAUUUAUUAGGGACUGGAUCGUGAAGAACACUGUAUAA